AUGGAUUUGGCAAACAUUUUGACACUCGGAUUUCCCAACAUUCUAGCUUUUCUGCUGACCAUUCAUCCUCAAAAUAAUCUUCAUCAAUCCUAUUUGUGCAUUUGUGUUGACAUCUCUGCUGCUGAACAUUGCGAACGAGGCAGCUGUUCAGAAUCUGCGUACGGUUUACAUUCGAAAAGAUCCUGUGUUGAAAAGCCACUGGAUUCAUCUCCAUGGUACAAGCCAAAUGGAUUCGGCCAAUUGGGACAAUAUUCACUUCAUCUACCCAACGAACCGGCCUUCGUUCACUGGUUUUCUCGUGUUCACUUGGGCAGACGGUUCGCGGAUCUAAUCAUCGUUGAUGGACUAGAAGGAUUGUUUUCACCGGAUCGAAUGCGCGCAUCAGACGUUCUGCGGCUAACUAGUCUCUUAGAAGAUACUAGGAACUUCAUCGACACCUCAACUAAUCCAGAAGAUCAUGGGCAUGGCUGUCGGCUCUUGGUAACCUGCUGUCUCCCAGUCCAGUCAUCUGAUUCGACGCAUUCACCGACGAUCCCUGUUCAUUCACUGGAAGAGACGUUCAUUUUUUCGGAAGAUUCGACCAACUGCUAUAGUAUAUUGGGCCAAAAGGACCGCUGGAAGUUGAAUUUAGAAUACGUUGAAGGUGAACUUUUCUGGAAGACAUUUCAUCCUCCGCCAAACGUUGCUGCUAUAAAAACGUGAACCUCUGUCAUACGAAAGCCUGUUGUUUGGCUUUGUUCCCUUCUCGAUGCAUUUAUUCCUUAUAUGUUGUGCAUAGAAUUUCUACGCAAUAUUUUUC